AUGGCAGGAGAGACACCCUCUUCAGACUGUUCUCCUGUCAUUGACCACAGCCACGUCCCGGAGUUUGAGGUGGCUCUGUGGGUCAAGAUCACCUUGGCCCUGAUCUACAUCUGCAUCUUCAUCGCGGGCCUCUUGGGCAACAGUGUCACCAUCAAAGUCACCAGGAUCCUGCAGAAGAAAGGCUACCUGCAGAAGGAGGUCACCGACCACAUGGUGAGCCUGGCCUGCUCCGACCUGCUGGUCAUCCUGCUGGGCAUGCCCGUGGAAUUCUUCAGUGCCAUCUGGAGCCCCUUCUCCACCCCCAAUGGCAACAUUGCCUGCAAGCUGUACUACUUCCUCUUCGAGGCCUGCAGCUACGCCACGGUGCUGCACGUGGCCACGCUCAGCUUCGAGCGGUACGUGGCCAUCUGCCACCCCUUCAGGUUCAAGGCCGUGUCCGGGCCCCGCACGGUGAAGCUGCUCAUUGCCUUCGUCUGGGGGACAUCUGUCAUUGUGGCUCUGCCCCUGCUCUUUGCCAUGGGCACGGAAUAUCCCCUGGAGACCAUCGAGGGCUACCAGAGAACGAGCUCCUGUGUCAAGCCCACUCCCAGGCACUACAUCCCUGAGCUGAAGCACAACAUGACCAUCUGCACCUGCCUCUCCUCCAGGUGGUCUCUGUUCCAGGCCAGCAUCUUCAGCGCCUUUGCUGUGUACAUCGUCGUGCUGGGCUCUGUCACCUUCAUGUGCCACAGCAUGAUGAAAGCCCUGAUGAUCCACAAGAAGGGCACUGUGGCAGUGAAGGGUGGAGUGAAGCACCAGGAGCAGCACCUGAGGAAAAGUGAGAGUUCAGAGGGCAAGAGCUCCAGGAAACAGAUCACUUUAUUCCUGGGACUGAUCAUCGCCACUCUGGCGGUUUGCUGGAUGCCCAACCAGGUCCGGAGGAUCAUGGCAGCCGCCAAACCCAAGCAGGACUGGACCUACCCCUACUUCCGAGCCUACAUGACCCUCCUUCCCAUCGCCGACAUCUUCUUCUACCUCAGCUCGGUGGUGAACCCGCUGCUGUACAACAUCUCCUCGCAGCAGUUCCGCAGCGUGUUCCUGCAGGUGCUGUGCUGCCGCCUCACGCUGCAGCACGCCAACAGGGAGCGGUUCCUCAGGGCCAACCAGAGCUCCGCGGCGCGCAGCAGCCGCUCCCUGCGCCCGCUGCUCUUCAUGUCCUCCAGGCGCGGCUCUUCCGCCAAGGGCAACGCCAAAGUUUUCCUGAGCACCUUCCAGAAGGAGCCCACGCCCGGCUGCAGCCCACAGGAGAUGGGUUCUGCACCCUCAGAUCCCAGCCUGGAGCCCCUCGAGAGCGGCUCAGAGCCCGCUCAGAAUGGCCUCUGUGAACACCAAGUGUGACCUCAUAAGGCAAAGUUACUGCUUAGCAAUAAGCUUAAAAAGAUGGAAAUUGAAAUGACCCAGGAAAGGGACAACACGGCAAAAGGAAUAACGCGGAUGGGUUUGUUUCCAGUUAUGCAAAGGAACAGGAGUUCUGUGUCCUGCUGGGAUUUUUAAGUGCACACUGGAAAUUCAAUCUGCUAAAUGAACUCAUUAGCUGACAAAAAUAUCAGCCCCUCUUCUCCACACAACCACUGAACUUCCCUUGCUCUUGACAGGGAUUUGGAAACAAACAGAAAAUAAUUGCAGCGUCUUUGAAGAAAGAAGGAUGCGGAACAAAUUGCAUCAGGGAAAAGAAACCAAACCAAACAAACCAGCUUGCUUGAAGUUUAGCAGUACGAAA